CCUUCACAAGCCAGGAAGCCACGAUGGGUCUCGCCGCGCCAAAGAACCGCACCAAGAUCUCCAAUGAUCCGCAAAACACAAAUUGGGCGAACAACACGUCGCGCUUCGGCCAUCGCAUGUUGACUUCGCAGGGGUGGCAACCGGGCAGUUCUCUAGGCGCCAAAGAUGCCUCUCACGCCGCUCACUACACGGCCGCCUCGCAAUCGCAUAUCCGGGUUUUUCUCAAGGACGACAAUCUGGGCUUGGGCGCAAAGCGGGGGAGUGAACGCGCCGAGAACUUUGGGCUUGCGGGACUGCAGAGCAUUCUUGGGCGACUGAAUGGCAAGGAGGAGGAAGUCAAGAAGGAAGAGGAGAGGCGCGAGGAGAUUGAGAAGAGGGCUUUUGUAUACCGGAAAUACGGCAUGAUGAACUUUGUCAGCGGUGGCUUCUUGGUCGGCGACAAGAUCACAAAGAAGUCGGAUAUCAAGAAGGAGGUUGAGAUUAAGACGGAGACGCACAUCAAGUCUGAGCCUGAGAGCGAUGAUGGCGGCGUGGGCAAGACGGACAAGAAGAAGAAGAAGAGAAAGCGAGAGGAGCGCGACGACGAGGAACCCAAGCUAAAGCGCAAGAAGAAGAGCACAGAUGCGAGCGAUGAGGCCAAGACUGAGAGCGACACGUCAAAGUCGAAGAAACACAAAAAGGACAAGUCGAAGAAGUCGAAGCGGGCGUCUUCAUCCGAUGCCGAAGCCUCCGAUGCACUCGCAACCCCCGCGUCUGAUCCAGAGCCACUUACAGACAAGGCACGGCGCAAAGCAGAGAAGAAGGCACGCAAAGAGGAGAAGAAGGCUAAGAAGGCGCUCAAGAAGGCGCUCAAGAAGGCAGCCAAAAAGGCAGCCAAGAAGGACAGCUCAGACGACUCUUCGUCAGAGAGCGACGAGGAAAACACACCGGGCUCAUCAGCGCCUGUGUCGGGUGCGUCUACCCCAGCACCUGCCGGUCUAACAUACAACCCUCGCGGUAUGCAUGCAGUGAGACAGAGGUGGAUCCGACAGAAGAAAGCUGCGACUAUGGAUGCGCAAGCAAUGAAGGAGAUUUUCAUGAUCAAGACACCGUCGUAGCCGUGUUGGGCGCAUAAACAUGGAUUGCAUAGCGAGGCGUUGCUGGUUUCUGUUGUAGUAUUCUUGGAUGGUUUCGGUAGACAGCGCUACCACUUCUUGGAGCGAGUGUGUCGGAGAUGGUUACAAAACGGCAACACUGACGUCCUCACCUGAGACGACGAGUUAGACCGAGCACGGUGGCAAUAGAGUUCGAUUG